AAUCUUGCUCAGACAGAUUUCUCUCUCUGCAGAAAAGGAAGGAAAGAGAGAAAGGUCUUCUUCUCGUCUUCAUAGCUUCUUUUCUGGUUCCACCGAAGGUGGAGAUUUGUUCGAUUUUCUUGCUUUCUUCGUCUUCGAAUCGAUCUCUGUACCGGAAAAUCGCGGAGUAAUUGGAAUCUGCUGCUGAAUUCUCUACAUUUCGAUAUCUUCAGAUCCCGAUUUGGUCCCGAAUCAAGGCCUAAGCUCUCGAGUUAGGGUUUGGGAAGGGUGGGAUUCUUUCUGGGGUUGCUGAUCGGUGGAUUUGUAUGAGUAGUUGUACGUUGGAUGAAUUUGUUGUUGCAUUCGCGGAUUUGUAGUUGUUGGGAGUCGAUUGGAUUUUUUAUGUUUUAUUUUUUCGGAUUUGUUGAUGCGGGUUGUAGUGGAAUUUCAUGAGCUAGGGUUUGAAGUUAGGAAUCAUUGAUGAUCUUCACAGCCUAGAUUUUUAUGUCCCUGGAGUGCGGAUUUCUUAGAGUCUGAUUUGGUCGGUAUUGAACCAUUGGGGAUUGGAAUUUGUUUAUUGCAGGCAGAAAGAAACGAAAAUUUCAAUGAGCGGUUGAUAUUGCGAUUGAGUUGCAUUUGGGGAGGGAAGCAAAUGAAUUUUACUGAAAUGCAGAGCGUUUGAUGUUUUCUGUUCUGUGGGGAUGGAUUCGGCAAGGAGUUGGUUUCAUAAGUUUCAACCUCGAGAUAAAUCGAUGAAGAAAAAGGAAGCAGCUAGUAAUGCGAAGGAAGCAGGGAAGCCACCGGUGAAUGAGGAAAUGCCUUCAAAUGUCACAAGGCAGAAGGUUGCGGCGGCUAAGCAGUAUAUAGAGAACCAUUACAAAGAGCAGAUGAAGAACUUGCAGGAACGGAAAGAGCGACGUUGGGUCCUCGAGAGGAAGUUGGCUGAUGCAAAUGUGACUGAGGAGGAGCAGAACAAUCUUCUGAAACGCUUGGAGAAAAAGGAAACAGAAUACAUGCGUCUUCAGAGGCAUAAAAUGGGUGCUGAUGAUUUUGAAUUAUUGACAAUGAUAGGCAAGGGUGCUUUUGGAGAGGUCCGGUUAUGUAGGGAGAAGACAACUGGUCAUGUGUAUGCAAUGAAGAAGCUGAAGAAGUCCGAGAUGCUUCGUAGAGGGCAGGUUGAGCAUGUUAAAGCUGAAAGAAAUCUUCUUGCGGAGGUUGACAGCAAUUGCAUUGUCAAGCUUUAUUGUUCUUUCCAAGAUGAAGAAUUCCUAUACCUCAUUAUGGAGUAUCUACCUGGUGGUGAUAUGAUGACUUUACUCAUGCGGAAGGAUACUUUGACGGAAGAUGAGGCCAAAUUUUAUGUUGGGCAAACAGUUCUGGCCAUUGAAUCUAUCCACAAACACCAUUACAUCCACAGGGAUAUCAAGCCUGACAAUUUGUUAUUGGAUAGAUAUGGUCACAUGAAGCUGUCCGAUUUUGGACUAUGCAAACCAUUAGAUUGCAGUAGUUUCCCUAACUUACAUGAAAAGGAUUUUGUGACGGGAAACAACUACAGUGGGGCUCUACAAAGUGCAUCUGCACCAAAGCGAACCCAGCAGGAGCAACUUCAACACUGGCAAAAGAACAGACGGAUGUUGGCAUACUCUACUGUCGGUACCCCUGAUUAUAUUGCUCCCGAGGUUUUGCUGAAGAAGGGUUAUGGAAUGGAAUGUGAUUGGUGGUCACUUGGAGCUAUCAUGUAUGAAAUGCUUGUGGGUUAUCCACCAUUUUACUCUGAUGAACCAAUGUCAACAUGUAGAAAGAUAGUUAAUUGGAGAACUCAUUUAAAGUUUCCUGAGGAAGCAAAGCUAUCUGCAGAAGCUAAAGAUCUCAUCUGCAAACUCUUAUGCAAUGUUGAGCAAAGGCUUGGAACAAAAGGCGCUUAUGAAAUAAAGGCUCACCCAUGGUUUGAAGGUGUCCAGUGGGAUAAACUAUAUCAGAUGGAAGCUGCAUUUAUUCCAGAGGUUAAUGAUGAAUUGGAUACUCAAAACUUCGAGAAAUUCGAAGAGUCUGAAAGCCAAAUUCAAACUUCUUCAAAAUCAGGACCUUGGAGGAAGAUGCUUUCGUCAAAGGAUAUCAACUUUGUGGGUUACACAUAUAAGAACUUCGAGAUCGUUGGUGAUCCUCAAGUGCCUGGCAUUGCUGAACUGAAGAAGAAGACCGGCAAAACAAAGAGACCAACCAUCAAGUCCCUCUUUGAAGAUUCAGGUACAGCUGAUCAACCCGUUCGAGGGAGCUUCCUCAACCUCUUGCCUCCACAACUAGGAGUCUCCAAGAGCCAAAGCCCACAUCUCCAUAAAACCCCAUGAAUUUCAAUUCAAUCCAACGGUCGAAAAAGGAGCUAGCUUCCAAUCUACACUCGACUCAGGUGCCCUUGCACAGGUUUGAGGAGAGAAAGAAGAAGAAGAAGAAGUUGUUUUCUUCUCCCAUUGUUCUGCCAUCAGUUUCUGAGGAAGCUAUUUUGCUGGUGCUUUGAGUUUCUGUUGCCAUGAAAGAUGUAAAGGUAAAAAACCCAAGGAAUGUGGGUUUUCGCGGCUAGUAAAUUACCUCAUUCCUGCUUUAAUCAGGAUCUUUGUAAAAUUUGUUGUUGAAAGUAAAUCUCAAUUCUUUUAAUAUUCA